AUGAUGCACUUUGCGUUGUUCUGGGGGACGGAUUCGGCGAAUGUGAUUCUGUUCGGAGGGUGGCCGGGCGCCAGCGUCGGCAAAUACGUAUUCUUGCUCAUAGUCAUCUUCCUCGGCGGCAUCAUCACCGAGUGGCUCGCCUUCCUAAAGGUGAAGUGGGUCGAGGAGAAGCCCUACCUCAGCGGCUUCCUCAGCUCCCUCGUCUACGGUAUCCGCAUGUUCUUCGCCAACAUGAUGAUGCUCUCCCUCAUGUCCUUCAACAUCGGCGUCGUCAUCCUCGCCGUUCUCGGCCAUGGCGUCGGCUACUGGCUCUUCGGCACCUGCGCCUUCAGGAAGAAGGCCUGUGAUCGCCCUCCCCUUCCGAACUAA